GCAUAAACAAUCUGCACUGGAAGUGCAGUGAAUUGCAGUUGGGCAGCAUGCGAAGGAAACGGAAAAGCAAAGAAAAUUGAAAAUUGAAAAUUGCUCGAGUCGAUAAGCAAAUGGACUGAACACAACCGAGCACACGGCUUACACUCGCAGGGUCCAGAGCAACAUAAUGUUUGGGUCGUCUUGUGAUUACAUAAUCCCAAUAAUGAGACACUAACCAGAGAGAGAAAGAGCGCGCGAGAGAGAGAGAGAGAGCGAGCUAGCGAGCGAGCGAGAGAGCAAUUCAAUUGUGUAUAAACCUGCAAGCAAUAAUUCAACACACGCCAAGCACACAGGCCAGGACUCCAUCAAGGAUGCCCUUUGGACGCAAAUCACCGCUGGAGGCGCUAGCCCUGCCCGGCGUCAUGCUCGCCUACAAGUACAGCCAGUUCCGGCAGCGUCGGCGCGAGGCAGCCAGUCGUCGGGUCACCGAGCGCGAACUCUCUGCGCUGCAUCAUAAAAUUGACAAACUCCUGAGCAAGCUGGAGGAGGAAAGCGAACCGGAUCCGCCUACCUCGCAGGAAGAUGAAUGCGUGAUCUGCAUCAAUGCGCGGGCCACCAUGCAGACCUCGCCAUGUGGCCAUCGAGUCGUCUGCCGGCGCUGCUUUGUGAAGACCAUACAGAGCGCCGUGGCCCAAAGACUGUUGCCACUGCGUUGCGUGAUCUGUCGGGCGCGGGUGAACCGACUGACUUCAUCUUCAGGCAGCUGGCGCAUACAGGAAUCGGCCAGUAGUUAUUCCAUGGGUGCCAAAAGCUGGGCCUCGGCGGGUGUGCACGCUGGCGGCGUGGUGGCCUCGGCCAGCUCCUAUUCCAUGAACGAUGCGCACAGCGAGCAUCAUGCAUUCCACCAGCCCACGCUGCACACGGCUGCUGGUGGAAGACACCACUAUGCGGCAACAGCACGUGGCGCUCAUGGACGUGUCUCGCAAUCGGACAGUCUGUACUCGAUGAGCUCGACCGGAUCGGCGGGUUCCACGUUCUCUGGCUACUCGCACUACUCCAAGACGUCUUCCAUAUCGAGCAGCGGUGCCUGCUCGCCAGCCUCGCCGGCAGCGGCGCUUGCAGUCAGUGCCAAUCAUCUGGCGCCGCCAUCGCCCAGCACACACCAUCAUCAUCAUCAGCAUCAGCACCAGCACCAGCAGCAUCAGCAUCAGGUGAUCUCGCCCUCGGGCUCAUCCUCGUGUUCCAGCGUUGGCUCGCUGUCGCCGCGAGAUACGGGCACACAUCAUUCACAUCAUGGCGGUUGUCCCAGUGGCUGCUCGGGAGCUGUGCCACGCAAGCCGCUGCACACUCUGAGCAAUUCCGCCUCCACAUCUUCAUCCAGCAGCAGCGGCAUUGGCAGCGGCAGCGGCAGUGGCUGCAUGACGCCCACGCCCACACAUACCUAUCCGGGACGGCGGCACGUGAAGAGCCGCAUGCUGGAUCUACAGAAUCGACUGCCACCCAUCAAGGAGUUUCGCAGUCCAGCCAAAGUGCCACAUCCUUCGCCGGUGCAUGUCAGCAAUCCGCGUUUUCGCUACGCCUCCUACACGAAGUCAAGCGGUCAUGAGAUGGCGCCACUGCUGCGCGAGUCCACGUCGCCGCCGCCGGCACGUCGCCCCAGUCCCAUGAAUAUACAGCUAAGCUGCACAGCGCUUGCCCCGCCGCCCCUUAAGGCAGGUGGAGCCAAGAUUUGUCCGCUCAACGCCAAAAACUCGCUACCCAAAAAUGCCUAUGUGAUGCCCAAGGAUAAGAAGAUGUCGCUUGCCGCAGUGCCGCCCACUAGCAAGGGGCAGGGCGCCGCCAAGGCCACGACAGGAUGCACAGCGGGCGGCGGCGCCGCCUCCGCCCCAGGCGGCAGCGGCAAGCCACACACAACCGCUUCCAGUCGCAGCUUUCCGCUCUUCUCCAGCGGCAGCGGCAGCAGCAGUGGCGGCAACGGCAGCAAUCACAAGGAAAAGGCCGACAACAAGAAGAACGAAUCCAUGGAGCGCAAGAAGAAGGAGGAGAAACUCAAGAUGAAGGCUGAAAAGGAAGCCAGAAAGGAGGAGAAACGCCUGGCCAAGGAGGAGGAGCGACUGGCCAAGCUGCAUGCCAAGGAGGAGAAGAAACGUGGCAAAAAGGAGGCCAAGGAGCUAUUAUUGGCAAACGAUGGCAAUAAUAAGAAAUAAAGUUAAUUAACGUGCAAAGUUAAUGUUCAAAUUACAAACGAUAACUGGCAUCUGUAUUAUAUCAGGCAUUAUACAGACACGAGACACACACACACACACACACACACAAAUCCAUGCACACAUCACACAUAGACGAGCUUGAUUGUAUUUAUAGGAUAUUUAUUUCAUUUAACGGUAUGUACAAUAAACAAAUUCAUUUUUUCUACAA